AUGAGUCGUGCUCACAGAUCCCUGUCUGAACGCAUCCAGCUCUCAAAUCUCUCCCCUGCGCCGCCUUCCUCAGAGCAGCAAGCGCACCAGUCAGCGCAGCUCUCUCCUGCCGCUUCGGAGGGACCGGAGCUGCGCACACUUUCUUGGAUUUACCUUCAUCUCGCCAAGAUGAGACUUAUUUUUGUUUUUGUUGCGGCUUUGCUGGCAGAAAAUCUAGCGCUUCCAGUGGGAAAAGAGGGACAAAGAGAAGAUGUGGUGACACGCUGUUUGGUUGAAGUCCUUUCCAAAGCGCUCUCCAAACCGGACUCCCAGCUGGACCAAGAAUGCAAAGACAUUCUCCAAGCAGGGGUCAAACACGCCCCGCUGGACAAGAAGAUUGGAGAGGGGACAGCAGCUCAUGCAGAGGAGGCCAAAGGUCAACCUGAGGAGCCUGAGGCAAAAGGAGCUGACUUGAAAGACAUCGAAGCCCUGCUGAAAUCCGUCGAGGAUAAACGAGAAACCCCAGAGGAUGAGCGCAGCCAAGAAUCCUGGAGUCUGGGUGACGAGAAAGAGAAAAGACACGAGAACGAAGAGGAAACUGAGCGCGAGAAGAGGAGCAGCUGGAGGCCUGGAAGAUACCACCAGAGGAAACACAAACGAGGAGAAGAAGAAGAAGAGGAAGACAACGAGCGCAGCCAGGAGAGUUGGGGGUUAAUGGAUAAGAGAUCUGAAGAUGAUGAAGAGAGAGAGAAGAGGAGCAGCUGGAGGCCUGGAAGAUACCACCAGAAGAAACACAAACGAGAUGAGGAGGGCGAGGAGAGGGAGGAGCCAGAGGAGGAACGUAGCCAAGAGUACUGGGAUGUGGACAAAAGGCACGAGGACGAGGAUGAGGAGGAGAGAGACAAGCGCAUAUGGAAGCCCACACAUCGCUACCACCACAAGAAAAGGAAGCUCCACAAACGUGGCGACGAACCAUCAGAGGAGGAGGACGAAGGCAGCCGCAGCCAGGAAUCUUGGGGUCUGGAUAAACGGAGUUGGAGGCCGGGACGCUACCACCAGCAGAGACACAAACGUGACGAAGAGCUCUCAGAAGACGAGCCCGAUGAGGAACGCAGCCAGGAAUCUUGGGGUCUGGAUAAACGGAGUUGGAGGCCCGGACGCUACCAUCAGCAGAGACACAAACGUGACGAAGAGCUCUCGGAGGAAGAGCCUGAUGAGGAACGCAGCCAGGAAUCAUGGGGUCUGGAUAAACGGAGUUGGAGGCCUGGACGUUACCAUCAGCAGAGACACAAACGCGACGAAGAGCUCUCGGAGGAAGAGCCUGACGAGCCUUAUGAAGAACGCAGCCAGGAGUACUGGGACUUUGACACCGGAAGAGAUAAGAGAGAGUGGAGGGCUGGCAGGUACCACCAGAGGAGACACAAGCGUGACGAGGAGCUCUCAGAGGAGCAGAGAGACGAGGCGGACGGUGAACGCAGCCAGGAGUCCUGGGGCUUGGACAAAAGACACGGACAAGAGGAGGAAGAAAUAGAGAAGCGCAUAUGGAAGCCAACACAUAGAUACCACCAUAAAAAGAAAUUUCACAAGCGCGGCGGAGGCUCAUCAGAAGAAGACGAAGAACAGAGAGGUGAUUCAGAGGAGUACGAGGACGCACCAAAGGACGGAGACGAAGCAAUGAGGUAUUUGGCAGAGAAGCGCAAUCCCUGGAUUUUUAGAGGUUUCUACCAUCCUGCAUGGUACAAAAGGGAUUCGGAUGAGCACGCUGCAACCUCAAACAAGAUGGACGAACUGGCCAAGUUGCUGAGCUACAAGAUAAACCAGCUGUCAAACCACUCUAAUCAAGAGGAGCCAAAGAGGAACUUGCACCAGAGAGCACUUACCCCGCAGGAGGAGAAAGAGCUGGAAAACCUAGCAGCGAUGGAUGCAGAGCUGCAGAAAAUCGCCGCCAAGUUGCAUGACAACAGUACAUAAGCCAGCAAGGGCUGCAUUUCAAGACACUUUCAGCUGCUGUCUUACUGUAUGUCCGCCAACUUAGUGUGCUUACAGUGUUAAAAAAAGACAAAAAAAUCAAACAUAAAAAAACCUUGGAGCCUUGCUGAAAACAUUUUAUCACCUUGUUUAUCAUCGUAUUUGUGAUAUUUUGAUGUUAUCAAAUUAAUCCGCAUGGGAAUGGUUUUGAUGUUUAUAUAGAAAAUAUGAGAUUAUAAUAUAUGAGAGAUGUUAUACACAUCAUUGUGUUCUGAAGAAUUCUGCACUCAA